CAACCAAACUGUAUCUAUCUUUCGACAUCGUGGUCCUUGAGUUGGUUGCAGUGAUUCGACAUAUCUUGCAGAUCGACGUUCGAAAUUGCACGCCGUAAUGCACCGGUUUUAAUAUACCAUUUUUAUAUUCGUUGAACACAUAUUCCUGUAAAGUGAAUCUCUGAACCUUUCGAACGCAUCGUGACUAAUCUCCUCAAACCGACACUAACGAUGACCCCUGACCCCGUGAUAUUCUAUGUGCGGAGUUAUUUAACUGACGACGCUGAUUUGCUUUCAUUUAUUUAUUUGUGUUCCUUUUUUUUUUUUUUCACCAGCGUACAUAUCUGGAGAAAUAAUCAAAUCUAACGAGAUUUUUCGAUAUUGUCUGCGGAGUCAAGUCAUCUGAUCUAACGUCGAUUAUGUCGUGAGAUCGAGACUCGUUGAAACAGCGGAGAUAAGAGUUUAAUCAGUUUCAUUAGUGUUUUUAGAAAAAUUUCGUUAAAUAUAUCAGAUAUUUCGCAAUUCUACUAUCCUUGAGUUUUCUGAACUAUAACAACGUCAUUCGUUCGUAUAUUUGAUUCGUUUUGUAAUAGAUGGUCUCACGCGAAGUUUUAUUUACCCCCUAUUAAAGUAUAUAAUUCAAAGUUUCAAAAUCUCUAGUGACUCGCCAAUGAUAAUACUAAUAUUUUUUUUUACCAAAAAAUAAAGUGUUUCACAACCAUCUCGAUUGUUGAGUACCCGAAAUCUAUCGAUGCUCACCUUAUAGCGUCACUAGAUUAUCAGGUAUAAUCGCCAUUAGAGAAGAUUGCGUAUAGAUAGGUACGGGAUGAUACGAAUCUUUUAAUCGCGAUAAUCUCGGAUCUGUAUUAGAUUUGAUUGAAAACAUGUGUAAGUAUAACACGAACCGCUGUAACCAGGUAGACGUGAUUUUUUUUUUUUUUCACUUUUUCACGGUUUCGCUUGACGUGGUGUAAGAUUUGGGAUAUUGUAACUGGAAUUCCGACAGCCGUUGGCCCUCUUUUCGAUACACAUGUACGAACGUUACAUGCUUAUCGUCGCGUUCGGCCCUCUGAGGAAUUUCCUAAUUGCUCGUAUAGCUCUGAGGCAAAUAUCGUUCGUCAUUUACAACCACAUCACCCGCCCAUCAAGCGAGAAGGAGGAGAGGCAUUUCCCUUCUUAUAAUUUAAGUGAAACGCAUUCCAUCAGUGGUGGUCAGUGAGGUAUUUCGGCCCCAGGGAAACCGUAGGGAUCCGUCGGUGAUAUUUUAUCGUUGAUAAAUCCGUCGGUACGACUUUCGAUUUUCGGAGGAAGGAGCUUUCGUCGGGUCGCUAAAACUUUUGACUUUGGGCCCGAUCGUGUAGUAUCGCGAUAUACAUGACUAUAUACAUACGGUGACUGGCAAAGUUGCGUCGGUUGUUAUACGGGGCCCCCAAGGUUUCUCAAGGACGCCCCUCCGCCGACGCCUUAACGUCCUCGAGAUCGUUUGCUGCUGCUGCUGCUGCUGCUGCUAUUUUACGGACAUCGAGCUUCUGACUCUGGGACUCACGUUCCCAACUCCUCAGUUUAUACCGGAAUGGUAAAGCCAAUGGACGACGAAGAGUUGCGUCCUGUUGUUUGAUCACGCUUCGCCAUAAUGCUUGUGAUAUUCGUUCCGUCACUGACUCAAAGUUCUUUUUUUUUCUUCAAUUAUUUCUAUCCAUCCGUGACACGAGACCAAGUUGAAGUUUUACUCAUGAGGGUGUAGCGAAAACUUUUUUUUUCAAAUUUUCUGUUCCAAAUUUUUUUGUGUUUUCAAAUUUGGGAGGAACACUCGAUGUAGUGUUUAGGAUGUAGUGGUUUUCUGGGGAGCUUUUUUUCAUUUUUAUUACUUUAAAAAACUUUGAAACGUAAAAUACAGUGUGUGUUAAUUAUUUUGAACUGACAAACAUUGAAAUUUCCUGUAUUUGUUCUUACUCGCUAAACGCACGUGACAGGUGAUCGAAUGAUAUUCAGUAUAUGUAUGUACAUAUUGCAUACGUACAAGACCUUGUUGGACAUGCAGGCAAAAUCGUUUCUUGCUUACGAACAAUUCAUCUGUAAAUUACACUUUAAUUCUGCAAAAUAUAUUGUGUUAUUAAAAUAACGAAAACCUGAUCGUUCGGUCAUAUGAUUACUACAUACAUACUAAACGUGAUGUGCAAAACUUUCUAACGAUGUGAAGGAGAAAAAAAAAAAAAAACAAAUUUAAUAAUAUUCAUGACAUUAGAAAAAAAAAAGAAAACUUUUCCGUUCCUCUAAUUGACAUUGCGAGGCGAGACAAACUGGUUGAUUGAAAUUUUUUUUUCACAUUUUCUUUCCUUCUUUUCCAAUUUCUGUCUCUCUUUUUCAGUUUCUCCUACUUUGAUGAUUAAUAUUAUAUUUAUAUAUAUAUAUAGUUUUCCCCUAUUUAUUUUACUUUCUUGUUGCGUCAUAUGAAUAUACGAAAGACCGCAGUUGUCGGUUGGCAUUUGUGCUACAAGCAACGAACUGUGAUUAACAUUAUUCUGUAACUAAUUGUGAGAGCGUUCAGAUCGGCGAAUCGCGUGUAUAAUAGUCGUCCGUUAAAGACGAAAGAAAAAGCAAAAAAAGAAAGAGAAAAGUAGGAAUAAAAGAUCAGAAAAAAAUAACCAUAAUUACCAUCGGUAUACGGACGUCGCGUAGAACUGCAGAGUGAGUUUUCGGUGUAAAAAAAAAAAAAAAGAGAGGAUUCUGGAUGUUCGGUUGACGUAAUCUUCUACUUGUUACGAAUUACAAUGGCAGACCAGGUUCCUCCACUUCGGGUACCCGAAAGCAACGGGCACGCAGCAGCUAAUUACUCUUCUUCCUACGAGAUUGAUCAGCUGGAGAAUGGCCUGGCCAAACUCCCACUAGGAAGUCCCACUCGGAACAGGGUCCUCAGGAGAACCAGGAGCCUCAAUGCUCCAAGUCCGAUUCAACAAUUUGGGCCAUGCGGUCGAAUAAUGAAGAACUCAGCUAUGGUCAUGACUAUUCAGGACCCUGCCUCUCAGAGGUUGACGUGGUACAAACCGCCGCUCACUGUGCUCGUUAUAAAAAAAGUUCGAGACUCGUCGGUUCUGCCACCGUUCGUACAACUCGUCACAUGGCUGAUAGAGGAAAAAAGGAUGGUAGUCUUCGUAGAAGCAUCUGUUUUGGAAGAUCCGGCGUUGGCGAGAGAUCCAAGAUUUCAAGGAGUAAGGGACAGACUCCAAACAUUCAGAGAUGGAACGGACGAUCUUCAGGACCGCAUCGACUUCAUCGUCUGCCUUGGUGGUGAUGGAACUCUGCUCUACGCCAGUCUACUAUUCCAACAGUCCGUACCUCCCGUGAUGGCAUUUCACUUGGGAUCCCUCGGAUUUCUCACACCUUUUGAGUUCGACAACUUCCAGGAGCAGGUCACGAACGUUCUCGAAGGACACGCUGCCCUUACUUUGAGGAGCCGUCUUCGUUGCAUAAUUAUGCGAAAGGGAGAAGAAGGACAGCCGGCAAAACCACCAACCAAUCUCCUGGUUUUAAACGAAGUAGUCGUCGACAGAGGUCCUUCACCUUAUCUUUCUAAUAUCGAUUUAUACAUCGACGGAAAACACGUUACGAGCGUACAAGGAGAUGGUCUCAUAGUAAGCACACCGACCGGAUCAACGGCGUACGCCGUUGCUGCUGGAGCCAGCAUGAUUCAUCCCUCGGUACCGGCCAUUAUGGUCACCCCGAUAUGUCCACAUUCUCUAUCCUUCAGGCCAAUCGUUGUCCCGGCUGGAGUUGAGCUCAAGAUUAUGGCCAACAGCGAGGCACGCAGUACAGCCUACGUCUCCUUCGACGGACGUAAUCAGCAAGAACUUCGAGUUGGGGAUAGCUUGAGGGUGACUACUUCAAUUUAUCCGGUGCCCAGUAUCUGUGCCGCCGAUCAAAUUACUGACUGGUUCGAAUCCCUGGCUGAAUGCUUGCAUUGGAAUGUACGCAAAAGGCAAAAACAUUUGGAUGAAUUGAGCGACUUGACUCAUUCGUCGAGUAACGACACUCUGGAUUCGCUUGAUCGCGAUAGUUAGGCAGCGGUCCGGUGUCUCUUCCAAUUUGCAGGAGCACGUUUUUCGUCACCGCCGAGCUAACGAAUAUCCACACGAGAUGAACGUAAAAGCUUUUACGUGAGAUUUUCGAAGCAAUAUUUUUGUUGAAUUUGCAUCUCGAAUUUUGGGGCCGAAAAACCUUCAGGCACACGGUAAAGCGGACCAAGUAAUCGCCAAGAUCAAUUUAGUAGAAAUAAUAUACUACUGAUGUCGAGGUAAAAUAUUAUACAUCGUUGAAAAAAAAAGGAAACGCUUGAAU